AUGACUUUAAAAGGAGUGUAUGAGGUUUUGAAGAAGAGAUUUGAUGAUGGUAACGUCGAUUCUCCUCUGGAUUUCAAAUACGUUGGUCAACUCCAAUUCGUAAUGAGUACCAUAGGGUCUUGGCCAUAUAAGAAAUUCGGACGAAGCACUUUGGCGGUCAUCUUGUCGAUAUACAACGCCAUUUUGAUAUUCGUCGGCGUCAUUUUAUUAGUUCUGGGCUUUAUGUACAUGCGGGUCAAUAGAUUCAAACUGUCUUUUUUCGAUUUGGGCCAUAAUAUUUUGUGUUGGAUUUUCGACCUUUUGUAUAUCCAAAGACUCUUAACAGCGAGGACCGACAAAUAUCAAGAGACAAUAAAGGAUUAUUUACACGCCUUUAACUUAUUUUACUUUAAGGGACGAUCAUCAUAUGCUGCAAAGGUACACGAACAAAUCCACGUCAUAUCGGGGAUGUUCACAAUCUACGUGAUGUGGCAGAUGGCUACUGGCGUGUCCCUGUUCAUUUUCUAUCCGUGGUUCAACAACUAUAACAGGGGCAUGUUUGGCGAAAAUCGACCCGAAAACAUCACUUUUGAACAUUCUGUAUAUUAUUAUAUGCCUGAUGCUGUUUAUACUACUGCAAAAGGAUAUUGGAUGUUAUUCGUCUUCAAUAUCCCAACUUCCUACUUGACCACAAUUGGCCUCUGCGUGUUUGACCUCCUACUUUGCCUCAUAGUGUUCCAAAUUUGGGGUCAUCUGAGAAUACUGAAGUAUAAUUUGGAACACAUGCCGCUGCCGGAAAAUGGUACAAUGUACUCAGUUGAAGAGAAUGAUCAAAUAAGAUUAUUAUUGAAGGAGAAUAUAGUACAUCACAACUUUAUUAUAAAAUUCGUCGACAGAUGCUCAGACGCCUUCAGCGAGUAUCUAUUCGCGUUCUACCUCUGUAUGCAGUUCAUCACCUGCAUUCUACUGCUGGAAGUGACAUCUUUUACUGCUGAUUCACUGGCCAAGUACGGGCCCUUGACCAUUGGCAUGCAUCAACAGCUGAUACAAGUGUCUAUACUUUUUGAAAUGCUGAACACCAAGAGUGAGCAACUGAUCGACGCAGUGUACGCGACUCCUUGGGAGUACAUGGACUCUAAAAACAGGAGGACAAUGAUGAUUUUCCUGCACAGGACACAGACCCCUGUCAGUCUGAAGGCAGCCAAGGUCGUUCCUGUGGGAGUCAACACUAUGUCUGCAGUUCUGAAGACGACGUUCUCAUAUUUUAUGAUGCUGAAGACUUUAGCUGGCGAACGAUAGAUGUAUAGAGUAGUGAGGGAAGAUAUCAUCACAUACCUACUUCAAUCAUAAAUAAAAUUUUA